AUGAAUACGGAGUCAUUGGUGGUGAAAGAGAGAUCAACAGAGAACGAGAACGGUCCAAAUCUGUCUGAAGUUGAAUUUGCCGAUUCCCGUACGGAACAAAGUCCAAGCAGAAACGAUGUCAGGAAGGAAGACAUUGAAAUAUCAGCGACGGAAAAGGAGGAGAUCGAUACGGAUCAACCUUUCAGAGAAUCGCCUGUGACUGAGAACAAGGAGGAUCCAACCAAGAGAAAUGCCACAAUUGUGGACCAGCAACAAAGCAACAAGCCGGAAAUGUAUACUGAAAGUAACGACAUUGCUGAAUUAGGAGAUAGUGAACCCCCUGUGGAGCAAAAGUCAACCGAAGGUGUGGACCUUCCUGCUGAAGAGGAGAAGAAAGACGACGAGGAGCUCGUUCGAGACGCUGACCAAUUGAAAGAAAGAGCAAAGGCGAUGGUGGAUGUUGAGUCUCCAUCGGAGCAAGCGCCUGCAGACAGCCACAAAGAUUCAACCAAAGGGAAUGCCAUAACCAUGGAUGAGACAGAAACCAAGAGAAACACCAUCAGCAGUGACAACAACGAGUCGCCUUCUGUUGGUCAAGCCGAAGAAUCGCGGACGCGGCGUGGAACAUGCCGAAACCUUGUAUUUAGUGUGCUAUUUUUGAUAUUGUGCGGAGGCGCUUUGUUGUACUUCCUUGUCUUCAACAACAACGCCGAUACCACAACCACAUCAUCACUUUUAAAUGAUAUUAAUAGCGGUGGCAGCUCGGACUCAUUUUCGCCGAGUUCUUCUCCAAGUACAACCUUGACGGGCAGUACAAAUGCUUCAAUGUCGAGCGGUCGUCCCACAAGAAUCCCGACACGGGCUCCCUCUUUGUUUCCGACCAUCAGCGGUGUUCCUGCUAUCAGCGAUGCAACGUACGCUGUGUCUUCCAGUCAACCAUCCAAGCUUUCGUCUGUCAGCGAAAGUCCCUCAAUCGGGCCUACCGUCGAAUUAUCAAAGCGUCCGACGAUUAGACCUAGCGAGUCACCCUCGACCGGAUCUACGGGGCCUUCGAUCCAACAAAGCAAUCGUCCGACACCGACUCCCACCAAUCACCCAAGCGCUGCGCCAUCGGAUGGCACUCUUGCAUCGACAGGGACUCCUACUGAUCACCCAAGCGCUGCGCCGUCGGAUGCUACUCUUGCACCGACUCGGACUUCCACUGAUCACCCAAGCAUUUUGCCAUCGGAGGUCGCUCUCGAACCCCCCACAAGGGCACCCACUAUUCGACCAAGCGUUGCUCCAUCCACGACUACUGUCCAACCAACAAGGACUCCCACCUCGUUACCUUCAGUUGCCCCUUCACAAGUUACACUCGACCCGACAGCGCCGCCAGUUCCAACCACAUCUCCUACAGAUCUAGCAACGAUGCGUCCAACCAAGUCUCCGACAAGAGUUCCAACAACGACACCAUCCCGGCUGCCUGUCACCCUGCCUGUCACCCCGCCUCCCACUGCUUCGCCUUCAGUUGCUCCUGUUUCACCAAGACCCACAUCUCCACCUACUAGACCUCCUGACCCCAUUCCCGAGCUUGGAGUCAAGCUGCGAAAUUACUUGGAAAAUGACUUUGGAGUCGGAAUUGAAUCCACCAAUGGCAACCAGGCUGUCGCUCAGCUAUUGGAGGAAGCCAGGGCAGAUGGCGAAUUGCCGCUGACACCGAAACUAGUUCAACGAUACGCAAUGAUCAACAUGGAAUUCGCACUCUUUGAUAUCAGCGCCAGUGGAUUCGUUGAUCCAAUAGUAAGACAAAACCAGCGCAAUUGGGGUGCAUUGAAUCAAGACGAAUGUUCUUGGAGUGGUAUCAAGUGCAAUGGGAAUCGAGAAGUGACAGAUGUUAAGCUUUUAGGAAAAGAUCUCCAAGGCAGCAUCCCAAGUGAGAUUGGGAUGCUACAGGCGCUAACACAAUUGGACCUUGCGAGCAAUAAGCUUCAAGGAAGUUUGCCGGAAGAAUUAUACAAUUGCGUGUCCCUUAAGAAGCUAUUCCUCUAUCAGAAUCGCUUGACGGGAACAAUCAGUGACAAGAUUAUUAAUUUGUGGAGUCUUACGGAUUUCAAUCUCAGCAGCAAUCGGAUUUCCGGGCGCAUUCCAUCUACAAUGCGAUCGAACGGUCGUGGAAUCUACAGAAUUCGCACAUUUAAUGUGUACGACAACCAAAUGACUGGAAGCGUAAUUCCAACCCUAGAUGGAGCCAAUCUCAGGCAAUUAUACUAUCUUGACCUUGGACGAAACCGAUUUUCAGGAAUCUUGCCGACAUUCUUGGAUUUUGUUCGGUUACGUCACUUACAUCUGGACCACAAUCAGUUCAGUGGAAGCCUGGGCAACGUCAUAAAUUCUGGCGAUGGUAGGCUUCAAGUCCUCACUGUGAAUGACAAUAAGCUCACCGGCACACUGCCCGGGUGGCAUACGUUCAUCACGGAAAUGGUUCAAUACACUGCACAGAACAAUCAAUUCACAACCAUGAUUCACCGAACUUGCAAGCUCAAUGUCAUGGAAACUGGAGAGAUGCCAGAAUUUAAGAGUGAUUGUGAUGUAUGCGUUUGUGGGAAAGAUGAUCAGAUGUGUAAAAACUGUUACAACUAA